AGCCACGGGGUUUUAUAAUAAUAAUAAAAAUAAUAAUUUGUAAACAAAAUUAUUACAAUUAUUCGAUUUGAUAACAUCAUUUUGUGAAUUGUGAUGAUCAUGAUCACAACUCAAAGAAUCAUUCAUUUUUUUAAUUCGAUCAACAAAAAAAAUUGAAUUUGUCGUUGCCAUAUAGAAGUAUAGAAUUUCAAUUUUUUUAAUUUGUUAUUUUAAAAAGAAUUUCUUUUUGCUUUUGUGGUUAGGCGGCCGAAGAGUGGCCAAGAUAAAUUAAGGGAGAACGUAGCCCACCCGGGCCUUCACUUGGCUCCGUCACUGUCUAAGAGAUUUGUGAGUUAAAAAAUCAAAGAAAUGCCAAUUCAUGUUUUUCAUUAUAAAAUAAUUAUAAUAAAUAAAUAUUUAAAUAAACAUACGUCACGGAAUAAUGAGGACGGGUGCAACCGCUGUUACAGGUAAUUUAAUUUAUACCUGUAAGCAACAAUAAACAAAUAGCUUACGAAAUAACGAUUCUUAUUCAGUUGAUAGUGAUGCUAUGUUGACAAUAUAUAUUACAUAUUAUAAUAAAACAAUUAUGCAAGCUCUAUAUAUUUCCGUUAAUAAUAUUUGUUAAUAUGUUAAUACAUAAAAUAUAUUUAAUUAAUGUAAAAAUAAAACGUAUUGAAUUAAUUAAUUUAAUAAAAAUAACAUUUCUCCCUGUAAAUAGCUGAUAAAAUUUCAGUGACCGAGAGUGUCCGGUACAUAGAGGUUUCGCUAUAUUUUUUUGAAUAAAUUAUGCAUUUAUUCAAACACUGAUUUUUCGAACUUUUAAGUGUAGUUAAAGCCGAUAUUUUCGAAUAUUUAGAUUUUUUUCAACAUUUAAAGAGUGAUGUGUGGUGAUACCAACUUCGGUUUAGUAAAUGAGAACCUAUAAUAAAAAUGCCAUAAAUAGAUGGAGCAUUACUUUAAAUAAAUUUUGGUCUUGAAAUUCUUUCAUAGUUUUCGUUUCACGCGCUUCCCUAAGUACGAAACCGCUCCUGUUCAAAAGUUAAAUAUAUAUUUAAAAAUUUACACGCUAGCGGCCACAAUAUUGAAAAUAUUUGAACCAAAUUUUAUUAUGUUUGUAAUUUGUUUGUUUGUUUGUAGGUUCAUGUGGGUGAGCUUGAGAGGAUGUUACAAUUUUGAAAAAAAUGAUGUCUAGGCCCCCAUGAAAUUUCGAAAAAACUUUAUUUACAUCAAUAAAAAUGCUAAUAAUUAACUAAAUAAUCUCUAAUUGAUGGGUAAACCACGAUAAAAACGGAAAUCUAAUAUUUCAUUAACAUCAUUAAAUGAUGAUCAUGGUAAAAUUAAAGUAAUUGUUGCUGCAUAUUUGUACGUUAAAAAAAGGGUCAUUCCAUAAAUCGUUUGGUUAAUAAUGUUAAUAGUGGUACACCCACAAAAAACAUCCAAAAAUAGCGAUUAUUAAGUUCGGAAUUUUUCCAAAGUACAAAGUAGGUGACUCGAAUAAGAUGUCAACACAUUAAUUGAUUCGUCUGACUCAAAAUAAAAAAAAAAAAUGAAUUUAAAAAUAGGCGGUAGUCAUAAAAAUAAUCGAUACUAAAAAAAAAGUCAAGGGGGGAGACAAUAUACUUUCCUGACCAUCCUGUGUAAAUAUUACCCCAAUGAUUUUAACGAAUAGUGCGAAAAAUGCCGUUUCACGUGGCCAGUUUAGCAAGAGCAUUAUUGAUUUUUUUUCGGAAAACUAUGUUAUGUACGUGUGAAUAGUGUGUGCACUGUGUUUGUGGCACGCAGGCUGUGCGGUUGUCACGGAAACCGAGCUCAUGGUGAGGGUAGCGAUCGAAGCGCAGGCGCAUAAGCCGCUAUAAUAUGAUCAAUAGUUUUUACACCUAGGGUUCGGUGAAGGUCAACGCUCGGUGGUCCGAAUGAGAAUUUACGGGCAUGGCCGGCUCCCGGGUUUUUCUGUUUAUGUAUGAUACAUAUUGUGUUGAUUAUUUAUAUUUUAUUGAAUAUAAAGUAAAAAUAGUUGUUAAUACUCUUAACGAUUGUUCUUAACAUUAUUUUAUACCAAAAAAAUAUCAAAUAUUUAAUCACUGUUUUUAUUAUAGUAUAGUAUAAGUUCAAAUUUAAUUUUAUUAAUUUUCCAGAUAUCUAUAACGUAGCUUCCGUUUAAUUAACGUUACGACGCAGCCUAGUCGAUACGUUUGAACCGAACCGGGUUGUCAACAGUAAAAUAUAUUUUUUAUAAGACAAUAACUAAAUUUUGUCAUUUGGCAGAAAAUGAAAAUUUACGAUUUUGGUGGAAAAGGGAAUCGGCCAAUUGUAUAAUUUAGUGGAAAAGGGAAAGAUACAUUUCUGGCGAGUUCGGGUAACUCCCGAAUUUAUUUUCUCCCGUUAUUAUGUUAUUAUUAUACUAUUUAGGAAAGUAGGUACAAUGGGAUAAAAAAAAAACUAGCAUGCAAAAGCUGAUUUGCUAGGGUUAUCAUAUUUUCAUAAAGCAAAUCCGGGACAAAGAGCAAUAAAAGACAUUAUUUUAUACACAUUUGUAUUUAUCAAAAAGAUUACUGUAAAACAUUAAUAAACCCAUUAAACAUAUUAAUAUCAAUUAAUUGGAUAAUUAAGUAAUUUUGUAGUCAGGAAAUAAUUUUGAAUAAAGUGGUGUAGUAUAUUCCAGUGAAUUAAACGAAUAAUGAUGAAAAAUGACCUCCUAAAAAUUUACCAAUUCCGCGGCAGCUACUCAUUUUUACUCUUUUGUAUCAAUAAUUACAAAAAACUUGGUUAGGUUAGGUUAGGUAAGGUUAUUUUUUCCUGUUGUUGUAUUAAUAUUACACUGCUCAGGAUAGUAGGUACAAUGGGACAAAAAAAAAAAACUGGCUUGCAAAACUUGAUUUGCAGCUGUCCCUGUGGUAAACUGUUGAAAUUAUAUCUUCUAGGGCGCAAUACACUGCCCCGUAUCUAUAGCAUGCAAAAGUCUCAACAUUUUGUGAUUUUCAUGGAAUUUUCGUGAAAUCCGGGAAGAAUGUAUAUUAUGAGUUAGAAUCAAAUCCGAAUAAAUUUUACGUGUAAUAAUGUAUCAUGUAUAAACCUAGUAUUAUUAUACACUGAUAAAGCAGCCAAAAUGUUGCUACAAUGAGACACUCGUAUACAUUCCUGACUAAGGCUACGCUCUAAAUCUAAAAUAUUUAAUACUUUUAUAAUAAUACCUUAGAAAUGUGUUCGUACUACCAACGGAAAUGUAUUUAAUGUUCAAACGUUGACACUACUUUGGUCUACCUAGACGAUCAAUAAUAUUCUUAUACAAGUUAACACCCAUAGUCUCCGUACUCCGCACAGUACCGCACAGUACCGCACAGUCGUUAGUCGCUCGUCGCUCGUCGCCCGUCACCGACGCCAUUGCUACCGUUUCCUUUGUCUUUGCUGUCACUGCCCAACUAGUCGUUUUUAAUUUUUCACUACAGUUCUAUUAUAGAAUUACGAAUAUUACGAUCAUAUCUCCUAUUAUUGAAGUGUUCAGUAUGAGGAGUUUUGUAAACGCGUUUGUUAUAUGGAGUGUUUUCAUUCAAGUGGCGCCGUAUUUCAACUACGACCCCUGUUGGUUGGUCAAAUUAUACAUGGAUCAAUGUGACAGCAGCGGUGUCGGUAUCAGCGAUGGAAAAAUCGAUAACGACAUGCCUAUUACAAGCCAGAAUUUGACACCGCCAUCAACAAUUACUGAUAUGAUUAUCAAUCUUGAUAAUCCUAAUUACUCUACAAAGUUCGAGGAGUCCAUGGAACAUACGUUUCCUGCCAAUCCCCUUGUCUAUGAUCUUGCUGCUUAUGGAUCAUACAUGGAAAAAAUCAGUGCUGGUUAUUUCACACCCUACUAAAACCUUUAACAAAACAAAUUAUAGAACACCACACACAUGUAAACGUCUCAACAUUUAUCAAUUCACAUUACAAGGUAUGUAAAGCAUGCAAGUUAUACAUUUAUCUUUUACUUUAAUUUAAUUUGUAUACCUUAUUACGUAGAUGUUUUGAUCUUUAUUCAGCUGUGAACUAUUUCUGAAUAGAAACAUUAAUUUUGGGCCUGGAAGAAAAAAUGUCUAACUAUUAAAAAUAACUUCUCCCACUUUUGACACUUGUUCAUAUAGAUACAGAUAAUGGUCUCCACAAUUCGAUGUCUUUUUCAAUAUUUUUCAAAUAUGUCAUUUCUCUCACAUUGGUAUAGCACUUAUCCCAAUAAUUGUUUAAAUAUAUUUAACAUAGGAACUAUAUCUAUAUAAAUAAUAGAUAUAGAAUUGUAUUUUAUAUUUUAUAGAUAUAUAUUAAACAUAGCAGUUUAUCUAUUUUUGAAAAAAAACUUCAUGGGUCACAUUAAUAAUAACAUGUAUUUUUGCCAAAAUGGAGUUUUAUUAUUUUAACAUAUUAUAUUAUUAAUAAAUAUAUGCUAUUGCCAAGAUUUGUUCACGAGUCUUAAAUGAAAACAAGGGGUGUGUUGAAAAUUCCAUAUUUUAGAUAAGGUUAGAUAAGCUUGUUUCGGAUUUACUUUUACACAAUCCUUUUGCUACAUUUACACCUCAAUUUUUUGAUCAGCAUUAAGUAUUUCCUGUGACAUAUUUUACUUUCAGAAUAUAUGUUCUAUCAACAUUCUUAGUCUCAUUUAGUGUUUUAAUAUAAUAUCAUUACAGGUAUUUAAAAUAUUUCAUUCAUUUUUUUUUCAGGCUUUAUUUGCAGUCCACCGCCAUCUGAUUCAGAUUUCCACAUGUGUCAAGAUAGUUUUGGUCAACCAAUUUCAGACAAGAACUAAUAGACAAAUAUUUUUAGCAUAAUAAUAUAAUUAGAAUUUUUCUGUGUGUUUGCAACAUUAUUUAAUAAAUAUAACAUUAGUAGAUUUUUUUCGAUCAUUUAAUAAUCGUGUGAAUGAUUUAAUUUUAUAAACAAUAGCCCUUACCCUAAGCGCAUUACCUAAUGUAAUCUGUACCUUAAGCUUAACAACGAGUGUCUAAAACUAAUCUCUUUUAUGCGUGUUCAUUUUGAUAAUAACUAAUAUAAAAAUUGAGCAUUUUAAUAUUACAUAUUGAGUUCUAUUUCAAAUAAUAGUUAUAGCCUUUAUAGACACAUAAAUGUUAAACAAAAUUGAGUUGAUAGCAUCGUGU